AUGCCUGCGCGCGGCGACGUCCCUGGCGCGCGCGCGAAAGCCCGGUCUCCGGUCCCGACAUUCGGUACCGUCGACGACCGGGGAGAGGCCCGGCGACACCCCGUUGGUACCGGUGAAGGUACCUUCGGGCCUAUACUUGGCUUAAAUAUAGGAGUCGCCGUGGCUUCUCGAAACGCGCAACAACACGCGCGGACGGCCACGGAUCAAGAUGGCGCAGCGUGCGUCGGCCCGUUCGGGGCCUCAAGCACACCGCUCGCCGCCUCCUCCGCGCGCCGUUUGGCUUCCCCCGCCUCGCAGGACGCUCCCGCCGCUGCCGUGGCCUUGCAGGAUGAAGAUGCGGUUGUUGGCAUACCCGGCAGGGCGGGCGUUACGCUGCCCGACCGGGUAUCGCUGACACAAGGACAAGGACUGCAGAGCGACGGCUCCCCGGGCGCAAGCAUGCGGCGCCCGGGUACCAAGACGUGCACCAAGGGCAUCUACACGUUGCGGAGCGCCCUCCCAGACGUGGGAGCGGCCCAAGACACUGCGAGCGAUGAUGUUGGGCCCGGCAGGGCGGCAAGUAUGCUGCCCGACCGGGUCCAGCAUGGACAUCUACAUAGCAUCGGCUCCCCGGGUGCCCACAGGCAGCCCCCGGGUCCAGACGCGUGCGCGACGGUUCCCCCCGCCCUCCCGCUCGCUCCGGAAGCCCCCGCCGCCGCUCGAGACCCCGCGAUUGUUGCUCCUCCACCCGGCAGGGCGGCACGCAUGCUGCCCGACCGGGUGCAGCUCGGGUCCGCGCUCGUAGCCGCAACGGCUCGCGCACUGGGUGCCUUCCAAGGCCCCAGCGACCCAGAGGAUAGCGAAAACAGCGACGGCGGGGCCCCCGACGACGACACUGCCUCCUCGAUGGACGACGACGCUGCCUCCUCCUCAAGUGAUGACGACCGGCUCGGGCAUGUAGCUACGGAGCUGCCUGCCCGAGCUGGAUACACUGCAGUGGCCGCGGCCGCUCCCGCGGGCAUGCACGACACCGUCAGCGAGGCCGUGUCCACUACAGCAAUUGUUUAUGUCUCACGUACCUGUGACGACCGGCUCGGCAGGCAGGCUCCCAUACUGCCUGACCGAGUCGGGUGUGACGCUUCGAUGCCUUGCGGCGACGAGCCGUCCGCUGUUGCUGGGCCCUGUCCCCAUGAUGAUGACUGCACACCCGGCAGGGCGGGUAUCAUGCUGCCCGUGGGUGCUGCACAGGCUCCUGCCACGACCGCAGCCGUCCCCAUGGAGGUGGACCAGGGCGCGACGUGGCAGGCAGCAAGCCUCACUCCGCCGUCUCCUCCUCUCGUGCUCCGCCUCAACGGCAAGCGUCGCCGCUUGAACGACGAGGAUGACGGGGAUGAGCGCGAGCAAGCCGAGCAACUGCUGCUCGAGGACGUCGAGGCCGGCCCCUUGAACUCAGCGCUUAGGCCAUCCGCGGCCAGCGCACUUCCGGCCUCCGUCCUGUCCGUGUAUGCCCACAACGCGCCGCAAUUCACGUGCACGCUGUGUGCAUAUACGGCGUCAAGCUUUGCUUCGCUCAAGCGCCACCGGGACUCAAGGCAUCGCCGCAUCGCCUUCUUCGACCGGUUCUCGGCAGGUUGUGCGUGCGGCACACCUUUCGUGUCGAGGCUGGCUGCAGCUAACCACGCGCAAGCGUGCGCCAGUCUCAACGACACUUCGGCUGCGACUACGCCAGCAGCAGGGGAUCUCAGCCCCACUGCUGGUGAAGUCAAUGCCAGCGCUACGGUGGCUACAGCCAAUCCCGUAUUGCCCCGCCAAGACCCUCCGGUGCUCGCUGUGUCCCCCCCACAUGCGAGCACCACUGAUGACAGGACCAAGACAUCACGAUGGAGCGCUCCGCUUCCUCGGCAGGUGGUUGCUUCGCGUGUCGCGUCUCGCCUCUCCGCUGUUCCUGCCCCACGAUGGGGUUCACCACUGCCUCGCAGCGUGGUGGUGUCGAGGAUCGCUGACCGUCUGCUCCCGCCGGAGCUGACGGAGGAGGAAGAGACGAAGGUAGGCGAAAGCGACGACGUGGACGACGCCGAUGAAGGUGAUGGCGAGUUGCUGCUGCGCUUCGACGGUGCCUGCCGCAAGAACCCUGGUCCAGGCGGCGCCGGCGCUGCGCUAUUCAAGCCCAGCGGCCCCGUAGUGUGGACGUGUUCCCGCUACAUGCCGAGCAGCGGCGAAACCAACAACACGGCCGAGUACACCGCGCUGCUGCUCGGCACACGGGCUGCCGCCGACCACGGUGUCACGCGCUUGCGGAUCGAGGGUGACAGCACUUGUCAUCCAGCAGGUGCGUGGCAUAUUCGCCACACGCAACAAGCGCCUGAGGCUAAUGCGCAUUGCGGUCAAGGCGGAGCUGGCGCGGAUGGAGCGGGCAACGCUUCAUCCCAUCGACAGGCAGGCGAAUGGACGGCCCCUGCACCCGCAGCUGCACCUCCGCCUGCCACACCGCAUGUCGCGGUGGGCACUGAUGAUCCCCCAAGCCCCGCAGAUGCUGAUGACAUGGGGGACAUCGAUGAUGGCGAGGUGUAUGCAGCGAUGAGUGUAGGGCCUGAUGCAGUGCCUCAUCGCCGGUCGCGACUGCGCCUACGGCAGCUAAACGAAGACGAGGAAGAGGCUGCGGGCAAGUUGGUGGAGCGGCUAGCAGCGAGGCUAGCUGCCAAGAUAACGGACGCUGAUGACUGGGAGGAGGCGGAGGGCUACAUCACAGCCCUCCCGUAUGCGCUGUACGAUCAACUGCAGCCUUACUCCCAGACACAGCACCCCGCCCAACCUCACUCCCAGCGCCCGCAGCUGCACUAUCCAGACGUGCGUCCUGCCAGGCGACCGGAGCCACACCAAGGUCCGGCGCAGGCCGUGACGCUAGACGGUCAGCGCCAAGGUGGCAGCCGUUCACGUCGUCGCCGUGGUCACUCCGGUGGUGGCAUGGGGCGCCGGCGCACACGUCCGCCCCGUGUGACACGUCAUCACCGUGAGUACCGGCUUGACGAGGCUCUGGACGCCAUGCAUGCUGUCCAGCGUAGCGAGCCGGGCAACCGCAAGGUUGUUGCCAAGGCACGUCGUCGUGUGGGGAGGAUCAACUCCUCCAUUUCGCAGCAACGCCUCCGCCACCUCUUCGAGACUUCGGAGAAGGUGUGUGUUGAGAGCAUCCUGGCGACGGCUCGGUCCCAGCGCGAGGCAGACGAGGCUGCGGCUACGCCAGCCAGCACCUCUGCGCCUCCGCCGGACUGUGUGGACGUGGAGGAAGGCACCUGCCCUAUUCCAGGGGAGAGCCUGCACCGGUUCUUUACCGAGGUAAACACCCCAGUGGGUGCCUUCGACCCUAUGGCGCCAGUUGGAGCCUCGUUCCGCGCGGCCAUGGACCGCCUGCCUCCAGCGACAGUUGACAUGGCGCUGCUCACGGAUGGGCCGUCUUCGCAUGAGAUCGAGGACCAAGUGCAGCGUGCGCGUGACAGUUCCAGCCCUGGCUUGGACGGUGUCGGCUAUGACAUCUUCAAGCUGUUCACGGCCCAGCUUCUGCCCGCCCUGCAUGCAGCGUUCGCGCGCUGCUGGCAGUCCAAGCGUGUGCCGCAGAGCUGGAAGGUUGGCGUGGUGCGCCUGCUGCACAAGAAGGGCGAUCGGCUCGACCCAUCCAAUUGGCGGCCGAUCUGCUUGCAGCAGGCCAUCUACAAGUUGUACGCCGGCGUCUUGUCGCGUCGCUUUACGCGCUGGCUCGACGUCAACAGUCGCCAUGCCGACGAGCAGAAGGGCUUUCGAGCCAUGAACGGCUGCGGGGAACACAACUUCCUCGCAGCCAUGCUCGUCGACCAAGCCCGCCGCAAGCAUCAAGAGUUGCAUGUCGUGUGGUACGACUUUGCCAACGCUUUUGGUAGCGUGCCACACGACUUGCUAUGGGAAGCGCUACAACGGCAGGGUGUUCCGCCCGAGUUUGUCGCUUGUAGCCGUGGUCUCUACGCAGGCGCAGCGUUUACAAUUGGUAACGCUGUGGAUGGGACCACGGCACCGAUCGCGUUGUAG